UUUCCUGUCAGGUGGUCUGGGGGAGCUUCAAAGCAGAAGUCACUCGAAAGGGAUUAGCUAGCCUGCUAGCAGAUGGUAUUCCGUUAGAUGUUUGGUUUUGCGCCACUUUGGCUGCUUUGAACAGCGCCGAUACGUCGAGGUUUUGGGCGCAUUAUUAUUCAUAACCGUGAGUGGCUCCAGCACCGUUGCUAGAAACGAGUAACACUAACAUCAUUGCGGAAAAAUGCUAACGUUACCCACCAAACGCCGUCAUUUAUUCUGGUCAACAACGCUGUAACCUAUUGUGCAUGUUGUUUUCCUGCCAUCGUUAACCUAGCUUUCGUUUUCAUUUUGCGUGACGAAUGUACAGGUGGCCCCAUUUGGGCUUGGAGAGACUAACCGAGUAAUUGAGCGGAAACCCCAGCUGUUGCCAUGGCAAUCCUGUUUGCCGUGGUGGCUCGUGGGACCACCAUCCUGGCAAAGCACGCUUGGUGUGGCGGCAACUUCCUGGAAGUGACUGAACAGAUAUUAGCCAAAAUCCCAUCAGAGAAUAACAAAUUGACCUACAGCCACGGCAGCUAUCUCUUUCAUUACAUCUGCCAUGACAGAAUCAUAUACCUGUGUAUCACCGAUGACGACUUUGAGCGGUCGCGCGCAUUCAGCUUCCUCAGCGAAGUUAAGAAGCGCUUCCAGACAACGUACGGGUCGCGAGCACAAACGGCCCUGCCUUACGCCAUGAACAGCGAGUUCUCCUCAACGCUCGCCGCUCAGAUGAAACACCACUCGGACCCACGAGGAUCAGAUCGUGUCACUGAGGCUCAGAUGCAGGUGGAUGACCUGAAAGGCAUUAUGGUCCGCAACAUAGACUUGGUCGCUCAAAGAGGAGAGAAGCUGGAAUUGCUGAUUGACAAGACAGAGAAUUUGGUUGAUUCUUCGGUCACAUUCAAAACCACAAGUCGUAACCUGGCAAGAGCCAUGUGUAUGAAGAACCUCAAGCUGACUAUUGUCAUUGUGCUGGUGUGCCUGGUGAUCCUUUACGUUAUAAUUUCUGCUGCCUGUGGAGGCCUCAACUGGCCCUCGUGUGUCAAAUGAGAGGAGGGAUGGGGGGAAAAGGAAGAGGUGCACCUGUUCGACGCUGCCAGCAAGUGGACACAAAUGGAAACUUUCCUUCCCCUUCUCUACCUUCAAGAUCGAUGGAAGACGAAUGCUGCUCCUCCUCCUGCCUCCUUCUUUGCCAAUUCUUUGAUAGCGUGCACAUUGACUUGCCUUUCGGACAGGGAGUCCCACCUCAUUCCCAGAAUAAUGGAUAGCAGCCAGGUUGCCUAAAACUGAUCUAAAAAACAAGAACGUUGUCUUAUACUAGUCUGGUACAUUCAUUUUGUCUCAUGCACUUAGUGGCCUGAUGUAUUGGUUUAAGAUAUUGCCCUAAACCUAUUGCCGUAUUUCAUCCAUUCAGAUUGCUAUGCUAAUGAUCUGCACAGAGAUAGCUUAAUUAUCCUUAGUUAGUUGUCCUGCUUUUCCUUUGAAAGUCACAAAUGGGACCUAUUGGGUGUACAUAACACGUUGCGGAUCCAUCAAGAAGGAACCCCACAAUAGUGUCUGGUCCCCUGUUGUAUUACUGAAAACUAACUUUUGACAGAAAACCAUAGAGUACAUCUUAAGUGGCGAGUGUCCAAUGAACAAUGUUGUUGGUGUCAUGAAUUUGCUUGAAAUCGCAGAUUUUUGGAUUUCCUUCACAUAUUACCGCCAAUCACAGUUGUAUAUUCUAAAAUGUGUGUUGUAAAAUACCAGAUUUGAUCAUACAAAUAAAUAUAGUACAUUUAAUUCAUAUUAUUGACUCAAAGAUGUAAUAAUUAUUCAACCCUUACAUUAGCAAGCAAAUCCUGAUCCCUUUCACCUUUUGACCUCUGCUAGGAUGUUUGGCCCAUGUUCUUUCUGUUAAAACAAUGCACUUUUUACACUGUGUAUAUAUUUGCUUCUUGGCAUCAUGUGGUUCAUAAUCAUGUAAUUAUUUAGUUAUUGUACAGCCAGAUUGGAAAUAAUAAAAUCUGAUCCAGUUGAUGAUCUCUUCAGA